UAUUAAAUGCACCUGCACACAGGUUUACAGGGGAUACUUUCUUCUGUCUAAGUUGAGAUUCACUGUAUAAUCAGGUGGUAGGCCUACAAUGACAUUUGACACAAGCUUACUGGAGUAAAUGCAUGUACAGGGACCGCCAUGUAUUACCUGAUAAGGGAAAGCAAUCCCAGGGCAGUUGUGUCAUGGAUUACCAGUGAGCCUCCUGCCCCUUAGACCAAUUUGGCAGCUGUUCAAGACUCUUAAGACAAGCCUAUUGUGCCCCUGACAACUUUUACCUUCAUGAGCAGUAUGGCUGUGUUUGUUUGGGUCUUCUUGUUAAUCUGUUACAAAUGAGCUGUAGGUGCUUACUGCUGUAGGCAGGCUUCACUUGUGUGUUUGGGCCAGGGUAGGCCACCUAACCCAACACAGCCUCCCUCCCUCCCUCCCCACCCACUGGGUUGCUCUGCACAGAUAAGAUAUCAGGCAGACAGUGAGUUAGUGUUUUGCCUAAGUACUACUAGACAACCUCGUUUCAAGAUCCGUCAACAGAAUUUUGCCUAAGAAAGUUGAAAAGCCAUUAAGAAUUUAAAAUAUGAUGCUGUAGCAGGUAAUUACAUUGUUUGGAACAAAGGCUCGGGGUACACCCUGUUCUGUAUGGUAACCCUAAAAGGGUUGUGGAGAUGGGGGAGCGUCCCCUGGUCAGUACCCCGGUGGGGAUCACCCCGACGGGGAUCACCCCUGUGCAGCAGAUGCUGGCGUCAGGCACGGGGGCCCUCUUGACAUCCCUCUUCGUAACACCACUGGAUGUGGUGAAGAUCAGAAUGCAAGCCCAACAGACUCCCUUCCACCAAGCAUUGGCAUUAGAAGCAAGUUCAUGGACCAAGGUUGUUCGACGCUCAAAGUGGAAGUGCUUCCUCUAUUGUAAUGGCCUCAUGGACCACAUUUACGUCUGCCAGAAUGGCUCCGGCUGCACUAGCUGGUACAAAACCCCUACGCACUUCAGUGGAACAUUGGAUGCCUUUGUGAAGAUCACCAGACAAGAAGGGCUGCGGUCACUGUGGAGCGGCCUCCCACCUACACUCGUGAUGGCCGUGCCAGCCACCAUCAUCUACUUCACCUGUUACGACCAGCUGAGGGACUUCCUGCGCUACAGCAUGGGUUACCAUGGAAACCACAUACCCCUGAUCGCAGGCGGCUUGGCCAGAUUGGGUGCGGUGUCUGUCAUCAGUCCCCUGGAGUUGGUCCGCACUAAGAUGCAGUCUCGCCGGCUGUCAUACGGGGAGCUGCGCGUCUGCAUCCGCUCGGCGGUGGCCCAGGAUGGCUGGCUGUCCCUGUGGCGAGGCUGGGGACCCACCGUCCUCAGGGACGUGCCUUUCUCAGCCCUGUACUGGUUUAACUACGAGCUGGUGAAGAGCCACCUGUCUGAGCCCUGCAGGGCGCCCCACUCCACCUUCUCCGUCAGCUUCACCUCCGGCGCCAUCUCAGGAACCAUUGCUGCUGUGAUGACCCUGCCCUUUGAUGUAGUGAAAACUCGCAGGCAGAUUGAGCUUGGGGAAAUGGAAACUAAGGCUGGCUCUGUGAGGAAACCUUCCUCUACCUGGCACAUCAUGAAGACCAUCUGCGCAGAAUCGGGCUACAGAGGACUAUUUAUUGGCUUCCUCCCGAGGGUCAUCAAGGUGGCCCCAGCCUGCGCCGUCAUGAUCAGCUCUUACGAGUUUGGCAAGGCCUUCUUCCAGAAGCACAACCUGGCCCGCGAGCAGCAGGCUAUGUGAGCAGCACAAACCUGAGGCUUAUGAGGUGGAAAACAAAACGACUUCCUCUCAGUAUUGCCUCCAGAAGUUUCCUCAGCUUGUGGACCCCCCUCUGCUAACACCUGUCUUAGUACUAGGUACUUAAAUCAGUACUAGGUACUGAGUGUCCAGAACUUGAUGCCACCCAAUGUGCCAGCAUGCCCAGAUCUGCAUGCUGUCAUGAGAGGCGUGACACACACACACACACACACACACACACACACACACACACACACACACACACACACACACACACACACACGACUUGAACACUGCCUGCUUCUCAUUGGCUGUUGCUGCUGUUGGCAUCUGUGUGAAAGGGUGGAAGGGAGGGAGGGGGUUGUCCUCAGGUGCCCCUUGACUUGUUGCCAUGGAAACCUUUGAUUCACACAGCUCCUUCCGAACUCCAGAAGAAGAAAAAACGUAUCCGGAGGGAUUAUUGUCUUUACCCCUCAAAGAUUUGUGAAACUGCUGAAUGCUUUCCCGUCAUGCUUUUGAACUACCCUAACAUAAGUAACAUGGCAUGAGAGAAGAGCGAGGAGUCUCACCGGUCAGUGAGAGAGUGAAUGACUGGCCGGUUCAGCGAAUACCCCCAGCAGCAUCUCUGGUCUAAUCAUUCCAACAAGUUUGGGCAGACGGAAAUAAAGACAGUUU